GUCAAAGCACCCUGUGAUCCUUGGCACCCUGUGAUCCAGAACCUCGUCAAGACGAGGAGAUAGAUCCAGUAGCGUGGACUGAUGAGGCAACAGAUCCAGGGCCUUGGGUUGACAUUGACAAGAAGACAAAUUUGGGCUGAUGGAGAGACACUUCCACAAAAGAUCCAGAACUUGGGGCAGACAAGGAAGCAAAAUCCAGGACGUUUGCUACACGAGGAAGCAGUCAUUUAAUAGUCGUCUUUGCGACUCUCUGAGCCUAGGAGUGAAUGUGUGCAUUUUAUAUUAUUUCCUCGCUUUUUCUUUUUUACAACUUGUAGCAGUUCACGUGGCAGGAAAAUGUCACCCGUCAUUGUUAACUUGUAAAACUAUCACACGACACCACGCGAACGAAGAUUGUGCCGUGUGGCAAACCAAAUGUUUCGCAUUCCAGAGGCGACAGGUCCAACAGGCUCCCCUGACACGAUUCCGCUCGAUUGGCUUCCUCAUUUGACCAAGCUUCCCGCUUGACUGAUCUUCACGCCGAUGGAACCGCCUACGUACGAAGAAGCCACUCGGCACCAACCGCCAAAUUUUCACGCUCCCGCGUCGCCAUUUUAUCAAGUUUCCUUCGUGAGCCCGCCGCCCUAUGAAGGCACAAUAACUGUCCAGCCGGAUCCAUUUCCCGUCUUGAGGACGCCCACCGUGACCACCAACAACACGUCUCAAGUCUUCAUCCAUCAACCAGUAGUGGUGGGCAGGAGACAGCACGUCUGCGUGACGGAAGUAUCGCAAGUGGUGGCGACACAGCCCAGGUCACAAAGGAUCAUCUCGGUCAACGAGCUGGUGCACACUCCCGGUCAUGUGCGAUGUCCACGCUGUCAACACAGUGUCACUACCGUCACCAAAUACAGGCCCCGCACAGUGACCUACGUCUUGUGCAUCUCCCUCAUCAUUUCUUGCUUGUUUUGCGGCUUCUGUCUGAUUCCGUUCUGCUGCCCUUCCAACUGGGAAGUGCACCACUACUGCCGUCACUGUGGGAAACGUCUGCACAUCUAUCCAGGACGUGGCCAGCGCCAACUUGAGGAGUUUGACUGUUGUUGUUAACGUCAUUUAUUGUGAUUGAUGGCCUACAUAUAUAAAAGUUGAAUGUGUACUUUUUUGUACUUAAUUCAGUGGAUAUCAUCUUUUAAAAUACGCUAAUCCCUCGCUAUAUCGCGGCUCAUGCUUUGCGGUCCCGCUAUAUCGCAGAUCUUUUGGUAAGUGUUAUCACAGUUGUUGGUCUUUUUUUUUAAUACUGUUUGUACAAUAUUUUUGUGCUCUGCAUUGUUGUUUGUCUUCAAUUCUUAAUGAUAUUUUGCAUAUAACUUUUUUGAAGCUAUAUUACAUAACAUUUUCCUUCAAAACAUGAAUAAUGUCCACGAAGCAAAUCACCUUCAGAUAACACUUCUGCCAUUGAAGUUACAGCCUUGUUCCUGGACAGAGUUUGUGGGCCAAAGUGGUAUGGAAAAUGGAAGGCCGGAUGGGUUUGACUUGGCAAAAAAAAAAAGUUAAUUCACUUAUAUUCUGUUUGGAUUUUAUCAUUGAAAAUGUGUUUCUAUAACUGUAUGUGUUUCCAUAAAAAUGAUGUUUCAAUAUUUGGAUUAUUGUGCAAUCAGUGUAUUAUGAUACAACUAAUGUUGUUAAGAAUGAUAACAUACAAUUGUUAUUUGUAUUUAUUUUUUGUUUAAAAAAUUUCAAAAGAUUUUUACGUCUCUAAAAUGUUUUGUUUUUAUCCACUGUAUUUUAUCAUAUCAUUUCAUCAUAUAUCACUAUAAGAUACAAUAAGAUUGUUGUCGUUAUCACAAUGCGUCCGAUUCUUAUGGCUUUUAUUAAUCAUUUGUUCUGUGUUUUCAUUCUAAAUAACUGAUUGUUGUUCUUAUUUAAUCAUUUCG